AUGGCCUCGUGGGAGGAUGAAACAGAUCAGACUAAUGACCUCAGUGUACAUCUAUCUAAUAUUGACAUCGAUGCUCCACCUUUCAUCCCUAGUUUUGCAGCGAAUGUUCCACCAGCCUGGUCAGCUCCAUCCGAGAUUGUGGAUGAUAUUCCGCCAGUGAAGGAACCCGUACCAACUCCGCCCAUCGAGAGCGGAGAAGGUGUAGAAGGAAAUGGUAAACCCGAAAAACCGGCCACCUUAACAGAAUCGAAACGCCAACAAUUGCCCUAUGUUCCUCCUAAUAACAAAAAAGAAACCCUUAGUGUUGUAUUCAUUGGGCACGUUGACGCUGGAAAAUCUACAAUCGGUGGUCAUAUUCUUUACCUUACUGGCAUGGUUGACGCCCGAACCCUUGAAAAAUAUGCUAAAGAAGCGAAGGAGAAGAACCGUGAAACCUGGUACCUUUCUUGGGCUCUUGAUACCAGUAAUGAGGAGAGAAACAAGGGGAUCACUGUGGAGUGUGGAAGAGCCUACUUCGAAACUGAGCACAAACAUUUCAUUCUCGUCGAUGCACCGGGUCACAAAUCAUUUGUCCCGAAUAUGAUCACCGGUGCUUCAGUUGCAGAUAUAGCUGUUCUUGUCAUCUCUGCUCGUAGGGGUGAAUUCGAGACAGGUUUCGAACGCGGCGGUCAGACUCGGGAACACGCAAUGCUUGUUAAGACCAUUGGAGUUAAGCAUUUGGUUGUCCUGAUAAAUAAAAUGGACGAUUCGACGGUUAACUGGGAUGAAUCACGAUUCACAGAAUGCCAAGAUAAACUUACUCCAUUUCUCAAGAAGAUUGGCUUUAAUGUCAAAUCGGAUGUCUACUUUAUUCCCUGCUCCGGCUUCACAGGUGCUUUCUUGAAAGACCGACCCGACGAUGCCCGCUGCUCCUGGUAUACGGGUCCCCCUCUACUGGAGUAUCUCGAUAGUCUUCCAACAUUAUCCCGGUGCACCAAUGGACCUCUCCGUAUUCCCAUCUCUGAUCGAUUUAAAGACAUGGGAACCUAUGUUGUAGGCAAAAUUGAAUCUGGAAGUCUUACUCGUGGCACGACUCUCACUAUGAUGCCUAAUCGAGUUUCUGUGGAAGUUCUUCAGAUUUUGAAGGACGAUAUAGAGGUUGAGGGAAGUGCUGCUGGUGACAAUGUCAAAUUAAAGUUAAAGAAUGUUGAAGAGGAGGAUGUUUCUCCAGGUUUUGUCCUCUGCUCUCCCGAUAAUCUUUGUCACGUAGCACAAGUAUUCGAUGUUCAAUUGGUGAUUGUUGAUUACAAGUCAAUAAUUUGCCCCGGUUUCACAGCUGUGAUGCACAUCCACGCUUGUAUUCAGGAGGUUCGUUUCCGCUCCAUCCUCUGUCGCAUCGAUCGUAAGACCAAUGAAAAGACUGACAUUCGGCCGCGAUUUAUUAAGCAAGAUGACGUCGCGAUUGUUCGUUUUGAGGCCUUGAACGGAUGCGUCUGCCUGGAGUGCUUUAAGGAUUACGCGCAAAUGGGACGCUUUACGCUGCGAGAUGAAGGCAAAACCAUCGGUGUGGGUAAGGUGAUGAAGAUUAUACCCUCCGGCGAGAAGACCCCUUCAGGCCUCCCUUAG